AUGUCUUUCUUUGGUUUCAAUACCAACCUACCUCGGGACCGUGAUGGUCCUGGGGCUAGGGGGUUCUUCGAAAACCCAGACCCUUUUGCCGAGGUCGCCAGAGCUAACGCGCUCGAGGAUGACGAUGCAAUCGACUUCGAGGAUACCUACGAUGGCUUGGGAGACCAGCUGCCCGACGAUCAGGAUGAGUUUAACGAUGACACGUUUGGCGGAGCUCCCGAUAAAUCGGUUGGAAGAGACUUUGAUUUCUUCGGGAAAACCGCCCAGGUGUCCGAUGCGAUUGGCGAGGAGCAGGUUCGCUUCAGUCUGCAGAACCCCAAUGCUCCCCGAGUCGCACCCCAGCCCCAGCCACAGGUUCCCGUCCAGCAGGCCCCCGGCGUGGAGACCGUCAAGCGUUCUGGAUACGAGAAGUACUCAGAUCCCGGGUACAUUCCAGAUCUGCAAGCCAAGUCCAGCGUCUGGGGUGUUUCUCAGAAGAAGGCCGAGCCAGCACCGAGCCGGAAGAUGAUGAGCUUGGAGGAAGUCGAGGCGCAGAUGCGUCAACACCCUCAGCAUUCGAGUCCAGCUGCCCAGGCGUUUUUGCGCUCUAUGGUCGAGCCUGCGUACCCUCCCCAGCACCAGCAUCUCCCAACUCUCCCCGAUGGGUUCCCCGCGAUGCACCCACCCCCUGGUAUGCCAGAGCUCUAUGGCCCUGGACCCGUUCCCACUGGUGGGCCCCUGCACAUGAUGCAAACCGCCAACCUCCCCCCGCAACACAUGCCACCUACUGGACCCCGCCAUGCCGGUCCGCCCCAGGCCCAACGCCCUCCCCAACCUCAGCAACCUCAGCCUCAGCAGGUGCCACCGCCCUCUCGGGGCUCCAACAAUGCCAUGCCCGUGAUCACCAACCCGCAGCAGCUUAUGCAUCUGACGGAAGAGCAGCGCAACGCUUACCUUGUGGAGGAUGCCAAGCGGGCGAAGCGCAACCAUAAGAUAUUCCUCUUGUCACGAGGCAACGGCUUGAUGACACCGCAGGAUAAGAACUUCAUCACCCGCAUUCAGUUGCAACAGCUCGUGGCAGCUGCUGGUAAUGUGGCAGACUCGGAUCCCGAGGCUGUACUGGCCGAGGACUUCUACUACCAGGUCUACAGCCAGAUCCGUGGUGCACCACGCCAACAUCCCCACCAGCCUCUGGGCCACUUUGCCCAGACAUAUCUCCUUCAGACCGGUAACCGACUUGGUGGACAUGGCCGACGGAACUUCCAAUCCGCCGACAACCACAUGCAGCGCAUGCAGCAGCAGGUUCAGCGUGCCGUUGAGGCGGCCAAGGCUAAGCCCAAGAACAAGCAACUCAUCAUCGAGGGUAGUUUAGGCAAGAUUGCCUUCAGCAACGCAAAGGCCCCCAAGCCUAUGCUGAACAUCAAGCGCCCUGAUAGCUCAGAGGGUGCCAAGCCGAAGAAGCUACACUCAAACUUGAGUCUCAGUGACCGCAAGUCGAUUCUUACCAACCUUGAGGGUGUUUACAGUGCAUUGAUGGCUAUGGAGGAUAUGGAGCGCACGAUGCCUCCACCUCCUGAGGAAGGAGAUGCCGAGGCGAUUCAAGAACACUUGGAAUGGAGACAGAAGCUCCACUCGUUGAACCAGAAGCUGUGGCACUCAUUGAAAGUGAUGGAACCCAUUGUACCAAACUCGACGACACCACACCCCUUCAUUGCGUUCUUGUCAUACCCCAAGGGAAAGAAGGCCAUUCCUCGCAUAUUCCGUCACAUUGACCAGGAACAGCGUGUCACUAUCCUUACAAUGAUUGUUGUCCACCUUGACAGCCUUGAUGUGGUUCACCAAGCUCAGCCCGUGCCCGGUGAGGCUCAGCCAUCGCUUGGUGUGCGCGAAGCCAUUGACUUGUUCUCCCUGGCUGUCAUGCCUUGCUUGCUGGGCUACGUCAACGAAGCGCCUUUCAACAUCAUCAUUGGUCUUUUAGGACUGGUCAUCAACCAGACCCACGUGCACACUGUGGCCAGGACCAAGGUUGGACUGGGCAUUUUGACUAUGUUGCUCAGUCGCGCCGAGAUUGUCAAGGAGGCUGGCCAAGCUUCCGAGCACGACUGGCAACAGUGGGUGGAGAAGUUCAACGUGCUCUUCGAUACAUUGGAGCCCGGCUUGAAUGACAUCUUCCCCGGCACGAUCAGCUCCGGAGACGACAUGUACGUGUGGCAGUUCCUUGCUGCCGUCGGUAUUGGUGCCAGUCCUGAGCAGCAGCAACGCUUGGUUAUCGCUGUCAAGGAUCGUGUGAUGGAAACCGUUGGAUACAGCAAGACUCUUCCUGCCGACAUGGGCAGCCAGCGUCUCAGCAACGUCAACCUCUUCAUGCGUGCUAUCGGUCUGGAUGUUGAGCUCCUUGGUUGA